AUUGGAAGGAACCGCAUCCUCCAUCUGGGCGUCCUCGACGACGAGGUCGUCAUCAUCUUCUUCAUCGUCCUCCCCAGCAACAGGGAAAUAGCUCGAGACACGAGGUGCUUCCUCGUCCUCGGCCACAUUAUCUUCAGCAGUCGCGGCCCAUGUCGUCUCCCGACCUUCUUCUUCGUACCCGUCUGGCAGGAACCCGCCGGCUGUGUCCUCGUCAAAACCAGAAGUAGCAUAUGUGGGCUUGCGGAUGGUUUCUUCGGCGCGGCUCCGGCUGGCUUGGAUGAUGUGCAGGUUUCCAUCACCAACAUUGCCAUAUUCCUCCCGGAGCCUGUUUGUGAUGCGCAUCGCCAUGAGCAUUUUGCGCCACAUGGCCAGGGCUGCCGCCGUCCGCUUCGCAUCCUCUUUGCGCGCCCUCUCAGCCUCGUCCUUGGCCAACUCUUCCAUGACACGAUCGUGAUGCUCCUCUGCAAUCACGACCCCUUGGAUGACCGGAACCGCCAUCCGGUGUCCAAACUCAAAGUCGAUCACUGCUUCUGCGUAAUCCACCUCAAGUCUCCGACACACCUUGACCGCACCUCGGAAUGGGACGUGCACCGCACCCUGGGGGCACAUGUGCUCGGCAAAGAGGUCGAUGUUCCCAUAUGCGUUCUUUGGUAUGAUCCCGUCCUUGAUCGGGGGCGGAAUGAUCCAGUCCGUCUGGUCCAUGCUGUAGAGACCUUGGAGCACCUUCUGUCCAGUGGCUGCCUCGGCCGCCGCAAUGUCUCUCUUCCUGUUCAUCGUGGCCGCACGGUAGACAUUCUCUUCCGUGAACUCGCCACCUUUCCCCUUUACUUUGAAAAGCUUCACAGGCGUGGCGUCUUCCAAAAGCGCCUCUUCACGUUUCAAGUGCCUUUCGAGCACGUACUCUUUGGAUUGCUUGUAAUACUGCAGGGUCUCGUCGCCUUCCUUCACUUCCUUCUUCUCGUGCUUGGCCGGUCGCAGGUCGGUUGA